AUGUCUCGCAGUGCUGUAAUCACCUUGAGAGAAGGGGGCGGAAACUCGGAUGGCGCGGAUGCUGCAGACGUGACUUAUCUGUUCAGGACGGAUAAUCAUCGCUAUCGUGGCGGUCCCUUCAAAGAGGAAUUGAACCCAAAAAUCCUGGAUAAGUCGACACUCACGAUCGCCGAGGCUUGCCGGGCCACCUCUGCCGCGCCCACGUGGUUUCCGCCGGUGAAGCUGCGAGGAAGGAAAUUUAUCGACGGCGGUGUGACGGAACACAACAAUCCUGCUAUUCUGGCGUGGCACGAAUCAAAUGAGAUGGCGCACAGGCCUGGCGAUACUACAGAUUCCAGAAGAACCAAGGGUCCGCAGGUCUUGCUUAGUGUCGGCACGGGAAAAACGAAACAGCCUCGGAGAUUUGGGCUUUACAACCUGAUUCUUUCGGGCAGACACAAGCUCACAGACACUGAGGAGACACACAGCAAACUCAAUCAAUUCGUACAAGCUGAAGAAUGUCUUUAUCGGCGUUUCAAUGUUCCCGAGUCAAAUUCCACCUUCGAGGUGAAGGGUCUGGAUAAGGUCAAAUUGGAUGCGUGCAAGAAGAAGUCUAGGGGGACGUUCUGGCGGAGACUUCAAAGUUCUGAUACCACUGAGACUGGCUCGUUCCAAGAUGCAGAAGCAGAACAAACCAGAGGAGGAUACAAACCACAUAAGUACUUUUACAAGACAUACGAAAAGAUUCGAAGCCGGGCGGUGCAAUAUUGCAGGAGUACCAACACCGUCGACAAUGAGGAUCCCGUAGCAGAUAUACAGACGUGCGCCAAAAGACUCUUCGCUUUAAGCCAACAGAGAAGAAACGAUCAGGAUCGCUGGAAAGAGUUUCAAGAGAAUCCCAACCCACAAUCUCGCGCACCGCCCAACCUGCAAUCUCAAAAUUCCCUGGGUCCAGCAAACCAGGCAGAUUCUCAGCCCAACCCUUGA